GUCAUCAUAAUUGUUCCGAUAUACCGUCACUUGUCUGUAUGCUUGAGCGGCGAACAAGUGCUGCAGCCAAUUCAGAGUCAGCAAUCCAGUGCCCUCCUCAAAAUAAGGCCAUUCAUUGAGGAUGCCAAGUCCUUUACCAUCUAUCCUCAACUUUCGGGACGCUGGCCAGACCGUGAACGACUUCACCGGUCGGGAAUAUGUGAUAUCAAAAAGGCUAUACAGAAGUGCAAGCCCUGAUGAAUGCACCAUCAGAGAUAGACAGAGACUCUUGGUGGACUUUGGUAUCCAGACUAUCGUCGACCUGAGAACAAAGACCGAGCAUAUCGAGCAGGCACAGAAGCGCAAUGCGAAAAUACAGAGCUCCGAAUUGGCACUGCAAACAAACGACGAUGUCGCCAGCCCACUAAAGAUCCCAGCCGUGACUUAUCACGAGAUUAACUUUAAUGGUUGGGCUUUCUCCAAAUCCCUAAUGAGCAAGCUAUCGUGGUGGAAUUUCGGCAAGCUAAUCGCCUUCAUGGCCAUGGGGUACCGCAAAGACGCAAUCAGCAUCAUCGCAACGAACGUCAUGCAAGAGCGGGGCAUCGAAGGACUUGCCAUUGACUCGAUUGAUGCGUGCGGUCUUGAAGUGAAGCAGGUAUUCUCAGUGCUGGCUGAGCCAGCAAAUUACCCAAUAGUCUUGCACUGUACCCAAGGCAAAGAUCGGACAGGUCUGACUAUUAUGUUGUGUCUUUUGUUGCUCGGAGUGCCUGUCGACGCCAUCAAUUAUGACUACAUGCUUACCGACGGCGAGCUCGUCUCUGGACGUGAAGAAAGAUUGAAAGAGAUUCGGUCCAUCGGACUCGGUGAUGAUUUUGGUCGUUGUGCGCCAGGUAUGGUUUCGAAAGUCGACAAACAUAUCCAAGAUCGGUAUGGUGGUAUACAGAGCUAUCUCACGUCCGUCGGAGUGACAGAUGACAUGCAAAAGGCUGUCAUUCACAAUCUCAGGCCAGAUAAUACUACAUAGACAACGGCGUACAGCGGCUUUGUUUCACAUGCAUAAAGUUGAACGCGG